ACGACACCUGCACGCAAGUCUCCGUCGAGAAGCUCGAACAAGCUUAUCCACAGGCACCUCCUCGACGACGACGACGAGAACCCAAACGUUGUCAGCCAAGGCCACGCUGCUGCUACUAAUAGCAAUGUUGAUUUAACCGUGCGACAGGAGAGGGAAUCCCGCGACGUCGUCGUUUUCUGGAGGGGCGUGAUUCAUUUCAAUAUCCCCUUAUCCAGGGUCAAACGUACAAACAAUAAACAAGCCUCCAACGACUAUGACGACGAAGGAGAAGAAACUACUAAUAAUAAUACUCAACCAGAAGGCGGCAGCCCUAGCAGCAAUCAAGGCCACGACUACUACGAUCAUGAUGGCCCACUGUCUAGACUCACCCCGCACGGUGUAGACCUCGUUCGAGCCCACGCUCAAUCCCGGGGCGUCUCGAUAUCCAACGGCUUCUCCCUGCUCGUGCAGGGCACUGUGUCACAUUAUGAGUUCGUCUGGGGAACCCCGCAAACACUUGGUACCAGCGGGCCAAGUACCAAAACUGGCAAAACUGGCACCAGCAGGGGCGACGCCUCCACCUUCCCAUCGGUAAACGCCACAGAUAGGGUGUCGGCCUCUCGCGACGGCGGCGUUCAAAACACUAUGGCAUCCUCCUCCUCGCCUCGGGUCAAACGGCGACAAAACGAAAGCGGCGUGUUGCACACCACCAACAAAAACAACCUUUUCUUGUAUUCAGUCGUCCCUUGCUCUCACGGUUGUACUAGGACGUACCUCGUGGAGAGCCUCGACGAGUUUGCUCAACUGGAUUCCCGCGAAACACAACGACAUGAUGCUCUUAUCGCGUGGAUGCGCGCUAUGAAGCAGGGCGCUCCUAAUAGCACAUGGGCAAAAGACUAUUCGUGGUACGUAAAUCGAUACAUGGAAGACUUUCCACAUAUGGUCAAGGUCGGGGAGCAGUCUGAUAGAAGAGGGCCCGAGGCGAUCACUGAUCCAAAAUAUCGUAAAAUGAUAAGGGAAGAGCGACUCAUACGCAAAAAGGAGGUGGAUGAUGUUUUACGCGAGCAGCAGCAGAUGAAACGCCAGGGGUUUGCAUUGCAGCAGCUUCUAUCGUCACUCGACGCCACGACGGAUGAUCAACCCCUGCCACCUCGUAAUCCAUCUAUCCUGCAUUCAAUCAUAGGGGGAUCUCAGCCAGAUUCAGAAGGGAACCAUUGGAUGGAGGAUAGUGCCGCGCCCAGUUCCAACUAUACCCGUUACGCAACCGCAGUCGAUGUCGAAGAGACGAAGGCA